GAGAAGUUCAGGAUUUGAGACUAUGGGCAGAGAGGGUGCAUCCGCGUAACAUGUUAGAAGUUCGCGAUAUCCGAGACAAGGCCUGGUACUUCGACCCCCAUGCAGACCCCGAACAGUUUACAAAGAUAUAUGAAGAAGCCUUUCCACGACUAUGGACGAGAACAAAGGGAGAUGAAACAGAAGAAGCGGUGGCUUUAAAUAACGCGGUGGCUUUAAUUAAGGCUCAGCUUUCAAUGGUCACUGAUGCUGAACGGAAGAGACCCCCCUCGAAGCUCUCCCCUUUCCCUUCCUUUUCCCCUGUUCUCUAAAGGGGUUUUACGGGGAUUGGGGUUGGUCACUGAGAUCGAAGAGGCGACCCCUUGAGAGAACAGGGGAAAACGAAGGGAAAGGGGAGAGCUUUGGAGGGGGUUUCUUCCGUUCAGAGUCAGUGACCAUUGAAUGCUGGGCUUUAAUUUAAACAACGCGGAUGAAUUUCACUCGCCGCUGUCUUCCCCACCGUUGUCUUCUAUACCAUCAACGAUUCUUACUGCAUCUCCUAAUAUGCAGACUGCAGUGAGUCCUGGCGCAUCAACAUCUUCUACAGAUAUUUUGGCUCCAGAUGGAGUUCAUCCAUCCAGGAGUUCGAGUUCUACCACUCGCUCACUACCGUCUCGAACAUCGACGACUCACGACUCAGUGCCAUCACCACUGUCUACAAGAUCUGGAACAGUCUUCAGCGUCAAGGCUUAUCCAGGAGUCAGUUCGGCAAGUUCGAGUGCUCAAGAAUCUCCGAGUUCCCUAGCAACAUCUCUGAGUCUGCGUGAAGAGCCUCUCAGUACUGAUAUUGACGCUUCUGAGGAUGAUCUCAGUCCCGAACGGGAUGUUCAUGGACAACAAGGAGGAGCUGCAGAUGUAGACCUGGAAGAACGAGAACAUCUGCAGUCAGAAGAUGCUGACGACGAUGCACCAUUCUCCAGAACACGACUAAAGGUUGAAUCUGAUGAUGAGGGGACAAGGACCCAGCUAUUUGCACAUGGAUCGGGACCAAGACGAACGACGUUUGAGCCGUUCGCGUUUGACAACCCUAGUAUUGAACAGAUAGAACGACAUCAUACAACUUUUGAACAAGAAGCUUCGCCGAGUCAGCGGAGACAUAUACGAGGGUACUAUCAAGGAGAAUCACCGCUGUCCACUCUUCAACAGAGACCUCUAGCAAAAGUCUCACCGUUGUCUCCCCAGACACGAGGACUUCUGGAAUCAACGUUCUUGUCUACUCCGA